UUUUGGAAGAGAGCCAUGAGGAGUUGGUGCGCCCCGUGCAAAGCACUUACUCCACGACUGGAGUCGAUCAUCGCCGAGCAGAAAGGAAAAGUUCUGCUUGCCAAAGUUGACAUUGAUGAGAAUGCAGACUUGGCAUUAGACUACAAUGUGUCUGCAGUGCCAGUCUUGGUUGCCAUGAAGAACGGAAAGGUAGAGGAGAGGCUGAUUGGCUUGCAGGAUCACGACAAGCUGCGUCAGUUCGUGGGGAAGCUCGUCGACAAGCAAGCUGCUGGAUCUUCCUGAUGGGCAUGAAUAUCAGUUAUUUUAUGUUGGUAUACUUAUGUACCUGCUUUGUCUUUGUUUCAAACAUUUAACAUAAAUAUUUUAUAGCUUU